CACCUAAUUAUUAAGCCAUUUUUUGAACUUCUUUUGUGUUUUUGCAUAUGAAUACGUGUGGUGCUCUGUGGUGGACUAGGAGCUAUGAAGCUUAAAUGUUCCAUAACCCAUAACCGCCUUGAUGUAUGGUAAAAUAGAUGUCCAUGGUGUUCAGAAUCUGAAAGAUCCUCAAGGUGUAGACAGACUGGUCUGGUGGCUCGCUCAAGUAGAAAGACGUGUGGAUUUGAUGUUAACAAGAUGAUGUGCAUUUGUACGCAUAGAUCAGUGUACUGAAGAAAAUCAGAUCUGGUAUCUCUUCACAGAUCAAGUUGUCGAUUUCUUUAUGCUGCCCAUAUGAUUUCACCUCACGUCAACGACUCUGUAAUAUGGAGAAGCUCAUUUAGGCCAACUUGAAAAAUAGUAGAGCAGUUUGUGAAACUGAAGGAAAAGGGGGAUCCUUUGUUCCAUAAUCUUUAUUCAUAUAAUGGACGUAUCAUCAGCGAAAUGGUUUUCGGAUUUGGGAAUGGAUGAUUACAACUUCAUUCAUGAAGGGUUUACAGCACAGGACAUAGCAACUGCCCUUGGGGAAAAUUUCAAACAAUCCUUCUCCAAUGAGAGUUAUUCCUCUUACGCAACUUUGACUACCCAAAAAUCCCCCAACACCACAUUAAGUGGUGGUUCAUCUAUCAAUGAGACUAAUUCUCAGACAAGCUUUGAGAGACCAGCCAAACAGGUCAAGACCAACAGCUGGAACUCUGCCAUUACAGAACAUGUUUCACCAAAGCCUUCUUGCAAUUCUUCAUCCUCCCACAUUCUUUCUUUCGAGAACACGAAUUUGAAUUCUUCACCACCUUCCAAGCCUCAUCAACAGUUCUCUAAUGGUUUUGACACUACCCUGAGGCCAAAGGAUGAGGCACCAUCCGAAAUAUGUAUGCAGUUUGAGAACCAAGGCUAUGGGACUAAUAAGAGGCCUUACUCAAUGACUAGAACUCCUUCUCAUGCUCAAGACCACAUAAUGGCUGAGAGGAAGAGAAGAGAAAAGCUCAGUCAGAGAUUCAUUGCUCUUUCCGCCAUUGUUCCUGGACUAAAAAAGAUGGACAAAGCUUCUGUUCUUGGAGAUGCAAUCAAAUAUGUGAAACAGCUCCAAGAAAGUGUCAAAGUUCUUGAGGAACAAACCAAGAAGAGAACCGUGGAAUCCGUGGUGUUUGUGAAGAAGUCUCAGCUGGUCUCUUCUGAUGAUGACACUUCUUCAUGCGAUGAGAACUUUGAUGGUCGCAGCUCUGAUGAAUCGCUCCCGCAAAUUGAAGCAAGAGUUUCAGAGAAGGAUGUAUUGAUUCGAAUUCACUGCGAGAACCAGAAAGGAUAUGUGGUGAAAAUUCUAAGCGAAAUAGAAAAGUUUCAACUAUCUGUGGUUAAUAGCAGUGUCUUGCCAUUUGGAAAGUCCACUCUAGACAUAACCAUCAUUGCUCAGAUGGAUGAUGAAUGCAACAUGACGCUAACGGAUCUUGCCAAAAGCUUGAGAGUGGCUCUAUUGAAGUUCAUGUAACAUGCCAUGGGGCAUGUUCAUAUAUUCUGAGGAUUCUAUAUCGUCAACCUGUACAUGAUCUGAU